AAGUCCUUGUUAUCUUCAUCGUCGACAUGGAACAUCUCAAGCCAAACUCUGCAAACUCUCCUCCUCUCACCCCUUUAGGCCUCCUCGAUAGAGCUGCCACCCUCUACGGUGACUGCACUUCUAUCAUCUGCAAUCACAUCACCUUCACUUGGUCCGAAACCCACCGUCGUUGUCUCCAACUAGCUUCCUCUCUCUCCUCUCUCGGAAUCCGUCGUGGAGAUAUCGUCUCCGUCGUCGCCCCAAACAUCCCUGCUGUGUACGAGCUCCAGUUCGCAGUUCCCUUCACCGGCGCCGUCCUCAACAACAUUAACUACUUCCUCCAUGAUGCUCACGCUCUCACCGUCAUCCUCCGCCAAGCUAAACCUAAGCUCGUGUUUGUCGAUUGCGCCUCAAGCUCUCAGGUCCUCAAGGCCAUCUCCAAGCUGCCUCCAGAGACUCCACGGCCUAUCCUCGUCCACAUCACUGAUGACUCAGUCGAACCCAAAUCAUCAGAUGGAUUCUCCCAUACGUACGAGGGGUUGGUAGCGAGCGGUGACCCGAAUUUCCAGUGGAUCAGACCCAAUAGUGAGUGGGAUCCGAUGACUUUGACUUACACCAUGGUUGCACCGGGGACUUCCAAAGGGGUGGUUCAUUGCCACCGGGGGAUUUUCACGACCACCGUCAAUUUCCUGAUCGAGUGGGCCGUUCCCAAAAAACCAGUCUUCCUGUGGUCGACGCUGUAUAAGAACGACGAUAUUUGUUGGAGCUUCCCAUGGGGAAUUGCGGCCGUGGGAGGAACCAAUAUCUGCGUCCGUCGCAUCAAUUCCUCCGACGUAUACUCUCUGAUCAAGAGCCAUGGUGUCACACACAUGUGCGCUGAACCGGAAACACUCAACAUGAUCAUAACAAACUCCCAGAAAACAGAGCGUCUAAAAAUGCCCGUCCAAGUCCUCACAGCAGGAGCAGCAGCAGAAAAACUGCCACAAGAAGCAGUGUUACGCCGAGCGGAAGAAUUAGGGUUUGUGGUCAGUUACGGCUACGGGUCAAUAGAAACAGGAGGGUUGGUGAUUUCAUGCACGUGGAACUCCGAGCAGGAGGCGCGGCUAGGGACGAGAACAAUCGGGCUGGCGGAGAUGGAUGUGGUGGAUCCGGAUACGGGUAAAAGCUUGGAACGCGACGGGUUGACCCAGGGAAAAGUGGUUUUUCGGGGCAAUUCACUCAUGUUGGGCUACUUGAAAGAUAUGGACAAGUCCGAUCGGUUCUUCAAGGAUGGGUGGUUACACAUAGGCGAAGAUGGGCGGAUGCAACCAGGUGGGUUGUUACAGAUAAGCGAUCAAUUGAAGGACGUGACGAGAGCGAAGAUGAUGAUCGGAUCAGGGCCGGAAAGAAGGAACGUGUUUGGCCUCAUGAAGACCCGCAGAAGCUAUACGCUUGGUAUGCAGGGAAUGAUGCCGACAAGAUCGCAUCUCAAUAUCAAAAUGUUUCCUAAAUUUACCAGUGGCAGCUCCAUCCUCUGCAUCCGCCUUUGAAGUUGGGUGACGUUUAAUUUGGAUUAAGGAUCUGAUGGUAAAGUUAAAAAAAGAAAAAGAACCUGUAAGCGCAAAAUAUACCGAGACUAAAUGGAGAACGUGGAAGAUAAAAUGCAAAAUUUACAUAAUUAAUGAUGGCAUAUAUUUGUAAUGUACUGUGUGGAAUGUGUGUGUGUUUAAUUUUCUGUGCAUUGCAUUUUGCACAGAAUUACACAAGAUCUUUGGGAUUGUGUAGUAGUAAUUGUUAUUCAAAAAGUAUACUAUAUGGUUA